AGCCUUUUUGAUCGAAAAUAUCGGUAACUGAUUGAUGCAUUUUCUAGUUUGUUCCUCCAGAGGCGUUAUAUCUUCGUAUUCAUGGACAAAGAUGGUAAUUCAGAAAUCCGACUUCCUCCAGGGUUUAGAUUCCACCCUUCUGAUGAAGAGCUGAUUGUUCAUUAUCUGAGAAACAAAGUGACAUCAUCACCCCUUCCUGGCUCAUUCAUAGCAGAAAUAGAUCUUUACAAGUAUAAUCCAUGGGAGCUCCAAAGUAAGGCUUUGUUUGGGGAGGAUGAAUGGUAUUUCUUUACUCCCAGAGACAGGAAGUAUCCGAAUGGAGUGAGGCCUAAUAGAGCAGCUGCUUCUGGUUAUUGGAAGGCUACUGGCACUGACAGACCCAUUUUUACUUCAUGUGGGAUGAAGAAUAUUGGAGUGAAGAAGGCCCUUGUGUUCUACAAGGGUCGAGCACCAAAAGGAUCUAAAACUGAUUGGAUCAUGCACGAGUACAGGUUGCACAAUUCCAUGAAUUCCAUUUCACAGCAAAGAAGGUCCAUGAGACUGGAUGAGUGGGUGCUGUGUCGGGUCCGACAGAAAGCAAGCAACACAAGAAGUAAUUGGGAAGAGACUAUUUAUGAAGCAACAAGCCAGUUUGAAGAGAUGAAUGAGAACUCAAAUCCUGAAGCAGCCAAAAAUUCUGUGCAUGAUGAAUAUCCAUUGUUGCCUUAUAUUCUGGCUUCUGUGUCUGAUUCUAUUGGCCUAGUCUCAGGCUCAGGCUGUGGUUGUAAUGAUGAUGGAAAAGCAUAUGCUUCAUUGCAUGAUAAGAACACGAAUGUAAUAAGUGGAGCAGAGUUUAUGGCAGCUGAGGGUUUGUUUAAUCCACUGAAGAGGAAAAACACUAAAGAGAAGGAGUUGGAGUUGUAUGCUUCCCUCGAUAAAAAACUAAGCGAAGAACAUGAUGUUGGGAAUGAGCAUGAUCUGAACAAAGACUGCAAUUCCAAUAACUUUGACCACUGGACUUCCAUCAUACUACCCCAAGAGCUUAAUAUCUAGCCUUUACGAUAUAUGCAUGAAUUCUUUAGAUCAUGCUCGUUGCUCUGCAUACGUGAGAAAGGACAGCGAAUUCUAUUUGUAAAUAAGAAAAAAUGCAGUUGGGUUUUGUUCAUGCAUUGUGAUUAUUGCUUUCAGUAAGCAUAAAUGUAGAGAGCUGGAAAGUCGUUGUGCAAUUGAGUUGGUGAUUGUGUGUUUCAAAAUUGAUUGACACAUCUGAUAAGGAUAAACGAUCUUAAAAAAGUAA